AUGACACUUGCUUUAAGGGUUAAAAAUAAACUUGGGUUUAUUGAUGGUUCUGUGGUUAAACUUGAAACUAAUGAUAUAUUAGCUACUCAGUGGGAAAGAUGUAAUUCGGUUGUGCUUACUUGGAUUCUAAAUUUUGUUUCAGAAGAGUUGUAUCUUGGUCAUAUGUAUUCUAAAACUGCAUCUGAGGUUUGGAAAGAGUUAAAGAAACAUAUGACAAAGUUGAUGGAUCAGAUUUUACAAAUACUUGUUUGUGCAUGUAAUGCUUCUAAACAGUAUAAUGAUUUUAGUCACUUAAUCAAGUUAAUGCAGUUUUUGAUGGGUCUUGAUAGUGUUUAUCAGUCUGUUAGAACUAAUUUGUUGAUUAAAGAUCCUUUGCCCACUGUGAAAGAAGCUUUUUCUAUUGUAUCCAGGGAGGAAUUUCACAGAAAUUCAAAUACUAAUUCUUUUGUUGAUAAUAGAAAGAAACCUAAUAAGAGUUUAAAUCAAAACUUAAAAUGUUCACAUUGUAACAAAAUUGGACAUAAUGUUGACAAAUGUUUUGAGAUUAUUGGGUAUCCUACCUGGAUGAAGAAUAAGUUUGGUCAAGGGAAGAAACAAAUUGUUAGUAAUAAUGUAGUUUGUGAUUCAUCUGAAGUUGAUAAGAAUACUGUUUCUAGUUUGACUGCUGAUCAGGUGUCAAAGUUGUUGAGUUUAUUGAAUCAAAAGUCUGGUGAAGGUUUAGUUACUUGUAAUAUGUCAGGGGUAGUUUUGUCCAUUUAA